UGGACGCAGUCACUGCAGUCAGAGGAGUCAAAAGCAGUCACGGUGACAGCUGCACCUUUUCUUCAUUCAUCUUUCACUCAACUCUUUCUCUGUUUCAUCCUCCCCGCUGUAUCUUCCAACUUCCUCUCUCACUUACCAUUCUAUCACUCAGAGCUCGCCUUUUUGUCUCCCACAUCUGGCUUCCGCAUGAGCCUCACUGCCUCCUUACUUCAUCGCCCAGGUCUUCGGUACCCCUCUUCCUUUUCCUUUGUCCAGCACUGCUUCGUUCGUGUACGUUUUCACGAGAGUCAGACACUAGCCAUGGCGGCUCCUCUCCCUGUUAAGGACAUUCCAACUCUCUCCGACCUUUAUCGCAACAACCUGCUCCGCCCCUCAACCGCUAAAAACCUCCCGGCUCCAAACCAAGAACACAAUGACAAGAUCUGCACCAUUCAGGGUGAUAUUACACUGCUCGAGGCCGAUGUCAUUGUCAACGCAGCGAAUCGUCGCCUCGCAGGUGGUGGUGGCGUUGACGGAGCCAUCCAGCGUGCAGCUGGACCCGGACUGCUGGAGGAAUGCUUGACCCUCGGUGGAUGCGAGACAGGCUCUGCCAAAAUAACCGAUGCAUACAACCUUCCUUCCAAGAAGGUCAUCCACGCGGUUGGCCCCAUCUACCAAGACAAACACACCUCGGAACCUCUUCUGCGUGCCGCAUACCGAACUGCCCUCAAUCUUGCCGUCGAACAUGGCUGCAAGACCAUCGCAUUUCCCGCAAUCUCCACUGGUGUCUACGGUUAUCCCAGCCAUCUUGCCGCUCGCGCUGCUCUCUCCGAGAUCCGUACCUUCGUCGACGAGCCAACCGGACUUCAACUGGAGAAGAUCAUCUUGUGCAACUUUGUCGACAACGAUGUGGAUGCCUACGACUCUGCUCUCCCGCUCGUGUUCCCCCCGACCGAAGAUGACCUGUCCCAUACUGUCCCGCUUGAGGGCAAAGUCUGAACUCGAUGUGACUUCAUUGUCACGACAAGAGAAUGAUCGUCUCAUCUACACCCCCGAAAAUGCUGGACUUUACUUGGACGGAGCGAGUGGUCAACCCUCUGGCUCUGCGUCUGGCGGUGAAGACAACAUGGCAGUCGCCAACAAGGACGGAAAGAUUGAGGCGGAAGGAAGUGGUAAAGGAAAGGAACGCGCUAAACCAGGACCAUCUGGCCAGGUGAGCACCAAAGCUACUCCAGAGUGCAUCUUCUGAGUCGCUCACUCUUGACGAGGCCACGUUCUGCGAUCAUCGACACCUUGUCAUCCACGAUGGAGUGUCUUCACAAGGGCUCUGGCCAUGCUGCUCGCUUGUGUGUGAAUCUUGUGGAUUGAUUAUGCACCGCCGUGGAAAGGAAAUGCAUGCUCCAAGUCCCCGCCGUGUGCCUCGAGUUUGAGCAUGAGAAAAGGAAGAAAGAAUUCCCUUUGCGUGUGACAUCAGCGGCGGCAGAAUUCGAAACAGGUCCAGGCAAUGAGGAGCCGGCCAGCACGAAGGAAAGAGUCCUGAUCCAGCACAGCAAGCGUAUUGUUUAUCAUGGCAUUGCGUUCGGUUCAUGGAGGGAGUGCCGGAGUAUCGACUACUGUCAUCAAUCGAACCUGGUGGUGAAUGUCGUGGGAGCGAAGGUGUUGGUGGUCAUCCGGAUCCUGCAUUGCAGCAUCAUUCGACGGGUAUCGAUAGCUGAUAUCUCAUCGAGAUGAGAUGUAAUAUCAAGUUAAGCCCAGUCCCCAGACCUUUCCUCCCUGCGCUUCCCUGCAGCCAUAGAUUGUGAUUGCUCACCUGCAAUGUACCUCGACUGCGCUACUGUCUCUGCAGGGUCAGCCUAACCGCCCUU